CCAUUCGGGAGGGAUGCAGGAAGCAGUGGCGGGUAUUUCACCCUAGGUACAGUCACAGUUGUCCCCACUUGUCCUGGGGGAUACAAUCCUAACCCCAGUAGCUGUUGACACAACAUGUGGUACCCAUCCCUGUACAUGCUGUGCUUUUUCCUAUGCAUACCCGCAAUAACAUCUAGCGUACAAACAAGAGAUUAGCAACAAUAACUAACAUGAGACACAGCUACACUAACACAUUAAAUAAUGUUAUGUAAAACUUUAAAAGUAUGCCAUUGAAUAAUUGUACUAUAUGCACAGUUGUGCAAAGUACAAAUAACUGGAUUUCUGCCCUGAAAAAAAGACAGUUUUAAAAAAUAAUUCUCCCAUCCAAGACCAAUAUGAAACUACCAAGGAAUUACACGCUAUUUCUCUGGCACGUCUUGUCCUUGUGACCCAGGCUACGGGUGACUACUAUUUACCAUCUCUAGACUGCUACAGCAGUCUUUCUGCUCUAUGACUUCUCAAAGGUGUUGACUCUGUCAGACUGGUUGGGAGAUUUGUGUUCAGCACUUCAGUCUGUGCCUGACAGGGUGGCUAUCACCACCCAUCCUCAGCUGCUCAGUCAGCCUGGGGAUGUUGAGAACCAAAUUCUCCUGAGGGUCCUUCCUACAUUGGAUGGCUCCAGCGCUGUGCAUACGGUUAGGACUGUCUCACCAAGAGCCUGUCUGGAAAGUUUCAUGACAACCUUAUAGGAAAGGAGUGGGGAAUAUUGUUUCAUCACAGAAAGAAAUUAAGGCCCUUUAUAAUAUAGCUCACUCCACGAAUUACUGGAAGCUUUAAUCAGAGAUCAAUGCGCUGUUGGAAAGUCCCAAUUAUUUUUGGUGUUAUAUCUAUGCUAACUGUGCCAUGUUUUGAUUUUGCCUUUUUUCUUAAUUGGGAGAAAGAAAAAAUCGAAGCACUAGAUUUGGGAGACACAUGAUGGAAGUUGCUUUCACAGGCGAACAUAUUUCCUUAGCCCACAAACGGAACAAGUUCUAAAUUACUGCCACUCCAUCUUUUAAGACUAACCCUCAGGGAGUGGUCCCAGGGCCUGCAUAUCAUAGCAAGCAGCACGGUGAGACGGGCUGCUGUCCUGGGACAGACAUCUCUGCGUGUGACCCAGCAGUGGUGAGACACUUCCAGGGGGUGUGACAGCAGCCCUGUGCUGCUUCUGCUAGAGGAGCCCGUGUUGCCUAGAGUUUCACUGGUCUCUCAGUCACCUUGACCUUGCUCACCAGCUAGGACUGAGAAAACGACAACUAGGGCUCCAGGAAGACCAAAUCAUCCUUAGAAGUUACAUCUCAAAGGCUUUCAGGCCUGCGACAACUGGAUAAGCAAGGUGGUGGCAGGUGUUCCUUCCCUGCGCUUGCGCAAACAAAUACGCUUUGCUCGGGCAGCCAGGAAAUCCGCAGCCUUCUGCUGCAAACGGAAGACAGGACGGGGUUGUUGCAGGCUGAGGAGGUGCACAGGUCUUCCUUUGGGGUCUCAAAGACUCUCAGGCAGAUUUAGCAGCGGUGAAGGAAAAUCAAGCCCAGACCUCAGCCUGCGUCCUGUGCUGCUCUGCUGCUUACGGGGGGCAGGUGCGGCGAGAUGCAGGCUCCUCCUAGCCGUCCUCCUUGGGUCUCAGUCCCUGAGCGAGCGAUCUGUUCCGUCCUCCUAGUGUUUCUCAACCAGAGGCACAGCCGAAGCAAGAAGUAGAAGAGCGAGAUUAGGGUAGCAACGCAGUAAACCAACGCAGUAAACCGAGAUAAGAGCAAGUUUCCUCUCCACCUCCUAAGAAUGCUUCCCUGUCUCCAGCUCGCAUGGCCGAGCUGAGGACGGCCCGCGCACACUUCCUUGAGCAAGACCGAGAGUGUGUAGACUCCAAGGCAACGCUGCACCAGGCAGAGUUAGGAAAGAACUUGGGGAAUCGUGGGAGCUAGUCUUGCAGGAAGCGGGCAAAGGUGGAGCGGGGAGCUGGCGAGCAGGAUCAGCUCCCCUGGGCGCAGGAGAUGGAGGCUUAUGAGAAGAAGUACAUUGUGAAGAAUUAUUUCUACUAUUACCUGUUCAGAUUUUCAGCUGCUCUGGGUCAAGAAGUGUUCUACAUCACAUUUCUUCCGUUCACUCACUGGAAUAUUGAUCCUUAUUUAUCCAGAAGACUGGUCUUAAUAUGGGUGCUGGUGAUGUAUGUUGGUCAGGUAGCCAAAGACAUCUUGAAGUGGCCCCGCCCCUCCUCCCCUCCCGUGGUGAAACUGGAAAAGAGAGUAAUGGCUGAGUUCGGGAUGCCAUCCACCCACGCCAUGGCAGCCACCGCCAUUUCCUUCACGCUGCUGAUCUCCACCAUGGACAGAUACCAGUACCCUUUUGUGUUGGGGCUGGCGAUGGCUGUGCUGUUUUCCACCCUGGUGUGUCUCAGCAGACUCUACACUGGGAUGCAUACAGUCCUGGAUGUGCUGGGUGGCGUCGUGAUCACUACGCUCCUCAUUGUCCUCACCUACCCUGCCUGGACCCUCAUCGACUGCCUGGACUCGGCCAGCCCCCUGUUCCUUGUGUGCAUCAUUGUUGUGCCUUUUAUCUUGUGCUACACUUACCCUGUGUCUGAAUACUACAGCCCAACCAGGGCCGACACCACCACCAUUCUGGCUGCUGGGACGGGAAUGAUUGUAGGACUCUGGAUCAACCAUUUUUUCCAUCUCGUAUCCAAGCCUGCUGACCCUUUCCCUGUAAUUCAGAACAUCCCACCGCUCACCGCUGACAAGUUCAUUUUAGGUCUGACCAAAUUUGCAGUGGGAAUUGUGUUGAUCCUCUUGGUUCGCCAACUGGUACAGAAUCUCUCACUGCAAGUAUUGUUCUCAUGGUUCAAGGUGGUCACCAGGAACAAGGAGGCCAGGCGGAGACUGGAGAUUGAAGUGCCUUACAAGUUUGUCACCUACACAUCUGUUGGCAUCUGUGCUACGACCUUUGUGCCAAUGCUGCACAAGUUUUUGGGAUUACUCUGAGCCUCAGUAGUUGGAAUCCACCCACUGGAUAUGAGAGCCAAGAAAGCGGUUGGGUGUGCAAUACUGAUAGCUCAUUUUUCUUUACACAAAAACUUAAGUCAUACUUCUGUUUUGUUGAUAUCAGCUAGAUGAUGCUGCUGCGCAACUAAUGCUGCCCUUAGUCUGUAGCCACUGCGCUGUAGCUGAAGUCGGGCUGAAACCCACACGGAGUUCUUCAAGGGCAGGCCCCAUCCCCUUCUGUUACACGGACUUCGGACUAGUCCUGGGCUCACAGGAAGUGUGGCCUGGCUCUGGGACGGCUAUAAGUCCCACUUGGCUCUGGAGAGCCCACAGAGAUGGGGUAGGGUGAAGGGAGAACAUUUCCUUUCCAGUCAUCACUCUGCCAGGCACUGAGUCUUAUUUCCAGAAUUAUAGCUUUGGUCAGGAGAAAGGGUGGCAUCACGUACAGCUCCAUUCUUUGCAUGGGGCAACUUCCUUGUGUUAUGAUGAAAUUAGACCACGACUAUGUGGUGGCAGGACCACUUGGAAGAAAGCUUCCUUCGAGGAGGUGAUGGCAGGGGAGAGCUGUGAGCCUAUGUGAGGAGCUUUUUUCCCUAGCCCUUGUCUCCCGCAGGAGUCCAUGUUGAAAUGGAGGUGCUCUUCCUUGGUCACACAUUUUGCAGGAUCCCUAGUUCUAUUCCCAUGGCCUUCCGACCCACAAAGUGACUGGCUUCUGCCACCUCAACACUGCUGGACCCAUCUGGGACUUGCCGGGACUCCCGUUCUCUCCCACUUCAGCCUUCAGGGUCUUCAGCUGUUAAGGCUUUCAUGUGACCUUGCAACUGGCAUCUACCUGUGAAAGUGGAUCAACAGAAUGGACCCACGUAAUCCUUUUCCUGACCAAGAGGGAAUGGGCCUCCCCGACAUUGCCUGGUGCCAGCAAGGCCUCCUGGACAUUCUCCAUGUCUCAGUUUCCUUCUACUAAUUCUGUGUUCUCAUCUACUACAUAGACUCAGGGACUCCCACUGCCUUCCCACCUCUUAUCUGCUGGCAACUUUAAGGGUCGUUAAUGCAAAAACAACCUGGGAGAGCCUGUCUUGGGAAAACACACCAACCACAUAUAACAACACCUAUUGAACCUAGUGUGGUCCUCCUUAGAUGUGGGGUGGGGGUGAUCAUCACGCACACACCUGCCAGUUCCUUCCCAAGACCCCCUUAGUUCUGAAGAAUGAAUAGGUAUCAACAGCUUUCCUACAAGUUACCCUAAACAUGUAGUUAACAAAGUAGCUUCCAAAGAAGCAUGUCCCAACCUCCAAAACCAGUGUUUCAUCCUUCUCACACUUCAUCAUCAUGUGCACAUUUGGGAAAAAUUAGCUUCCUUAACCUGAGGUCUGAACCUUUGUGUCCUGUGUUUAAGCCAGAAACCACAUUUCCCCUCAUUCCAGAUCUCCUCCAUGGCCUUACUAGUGGGAUGAUUUUCGGUAUGUGACUUAGUACUCCUAUUUCUCAAGAAGCAUAAUUUUUAGAAGAAUACCUCCAGUUCUCUUAAAACUCUUCUCCCAUUUAUCAUAGUUAGGAGGGAUCAAAAUGACCCAGCAUUUGACUGCUUUUUGCAUCAAACUGACCAGUCUGUGCAGCACCAUGAUUGUGAGAGAGGCCAGGCCAGCUCCAAGCACUCUGGCCUCUUCAGUGCCCUGGUUGCUGGUUGGAGGAGGCCCUGUCCCAUACUUCUGUCCUGUCUGCAGCUGCCAAAGCAGAGUUGGCCAUUCUGGAUACUGUUUACACCAAAUGAUUUCAGUUGAUUUGUCUGAAGCCAAGAGACAAAAGAAAUCAGCUUUCUCCACUUGUAUUUUUGAAAAAGAGGGGCUAUAACCAUUGGCACAGCAGUGGGUGCAGCAAUUCAUAUAAAGUUUUUACAGCUGUCCCUUUGAAGACCCCACAGUAGAAAGGUUGACCAGCUGUCUGGGUGUACUGAAAGUUGUGUUUGCAAAAUCUGGAUUGAAGAUGAAUAUUUUAGUAACACAACGUUAAAGAAUGGCCGAAGGAUCUGUCGUGAUGGAUCGCUUUUUAAAGUAUCAGGUAGCAGCAAUAGGAGAGUGAAAAGAAUGUAUUUGUAGCCAAGCAUGGUGGCGGGCACAUGCCAGUAAUUCCAGCUACUCAGAAAGCUGAGGGAGAAGGAUCACAAAUUGAAGUCCAGCCUGGGCAAUCUAAGGGGACCCUCUUCGAACCAAAUACUUUUGCAAAAGGCUGGGAGUGUAGGUCCGCGGUAGAGCACCUGCCUAGCAUAUGCAUGAAUUUGGGUUCCACAGCCAGCACCAAGGGAAAAAAAGCCUGUAGUGGUAUGGCCACACUUCAUUUUUGAGUACACCUGUUCUGAGGCCUAGAAUCAGGCGGAAACUGAGUGAAAAGUCAUAGCUGGAUCCAUACGUUUCCUUUGCCAGCCCUCUUCCAUUCAAUCCCACAGAGCACCUCACUGCGCUGCACACACUCUCACCUCUGCGGGUCCCUUCCGAGUCUGAGCCUCCUCUCAAAACCUCUGGAGUUUCUCUCUGGGGAAAGACUGCCCCCUGCUGGUUUGGUUCCAGUCUUGGUCCAAAGCCCCUCUCUUGAUCUGGAGUCUUAGAAAUUAAGAAUUUAAAAGCCAAGCUUACCACAAUGUGUCUCUAGCAUAAGCCUGAAUUCUGUGGCCUGGCCAACCUUGACACCGAAGCCCGCAAGAUUAGGGUCUCCUCCAGGAGCCAGCCACCCUUAUUCCUGUCUCCAUCUUCCCCAAACCCAUUACUACACGUGGGCCAAGGUGCCCAUCCUGUUACCUUCAUUCUGAACAGCUGUCAUUUCAUGCCAGUUUUUCUCAGAACUGCACCAUAACAGAGUACAUGGGGUAGGGUAGGGAGCCCACAUAGACAAGAUCUUUGACUUACAAACCUUUAAAUAGCAGUAGUUGAAAUCGCUCUACCACCUGCCCAAUGGUUCACUGAAACAUGGAAUUUUCUUGCCCAAAGACAACGCAAGUUUCCCAAGUAUAAUCAACGCAUGUGGUGUUUUGCGGCCAUAUGUUCUAGCUUUCUAUUUUGGAAGCCUUCAGCUGUCCUGCUUAUGUACUGUAUGUAAAUUUAUUCUUUUAAAAAUAAAAUCAUUUUUGUUUGAGUGUGAUUUCUUAUUAAAUGCUUCAAAACCA